CGCUCAUUCGCUCACGAGAGCGAGUGAGAGAUAGCGAGAGAGAGAGAGCGAGGGAGAGAGCGUGUGAGCAUUUAGUCCUGCCAGAGCACAGUAGUGCAACAUCAACGGAGACGGGAUAAAGAAGCUCUGUGCGAGGGACAAGGGAAACAGAGGAAUACACGUCUGAAGAAAAACAAAGAGGGGAUGGAAUGAAAAAAAGCAUCCUACUGCUGUUGGUUAUCCUGUUUCAUCCAAUUUCUGUUGGAGAAUUCCAUAAGCAAAGAAACAGAGAAAACACAUACAUGUGAUAUAUAUCUAAAAUUCCUAUACAUAUAUAUCAAAUUAUGCCUGUUUUCACAGAAGCUGCUUUGGGGGAAGGACUGUGUUGAGGUCCCUUGCAUAACAAUUGGAAGACUGCUUUAAUGUGCAGCAUUUGGUAAAACUGUUGCAUAUUAAUGCUUUUUGCAAAUGAGCGUGAUAAAAGACCACAAACAACACAAACAGCUUUGCUGCAGUCCCAUUUUUGAAGGCUUCUUGAAAACAGGAUUUUGCAUUGCCUUUUGUUGUCGCCUCUCCAGUUAUCCUGCCCUUGGAACAGGCUGGGGAGUUGAGGCUUGGGUGUGUUGCAUGGACCGCAGUCCACAGGCUCAGUAAUACCCUCCUGUAUUCACAGCAGUAACGCGGCAGAAAGCCUGCUCUUUAGUUGUGUCUGAAAGAGGGAGAGGUAAGUGAGGAAGACAGAAGAAAGCAGAGAGCAAGAAACAACAAAAAGCAGCAGAGAGGGAUUAUGGAGUCGUGGUAAAUAAACAAAGACAAGGAAAACAAGGAAGGGACUACAGUAAAGAAGUGGGACACUACGUAGAAAUGUAAUUACACCACAUGUUCGCUCAAAAGUGAGCUUCUCAUAAAUUUAGACUAGGGAGGACUGGACUAGACUCCACAGGCUGGGGGGAUUGUUCAGCACGCUGCCCUUGUCAUUCCCCUAUCCCCUGCUUGGUAGCACUUGUGGGGUUGUAGUUGUCUGGCAGCAGAGCUGUAUUGGUGACCCCAUCCUUUUAGGUUCCCUCUCAGGUGUGGUGUGGAGCCGAACCGACAGCACCAAGAGAAACCCACAACAACAGAGAGUGACUGGACCCCCAUCCCUCUAAACCCAUUAAGCCAAACUGACACUGACGGAGCGCUGUCGCCUAUGGAUUUGAACGUGUGUGUGUGUGUGUGUGUCUGUGAGAGUGUGUGCAUGUGUGUGUGAGCGUGUGGGAUAAAGGCUGCCUGCCUCAGGUGCUGAGGACUGCUUUUAAGUCUGGACUAAAUCAUCAUUUCAGUUUAGAUCUCGUAGGACAAUAUUGAAGAACUACAGACUGUGCUUUCACUGGAGGGGGUGGAAACAAAAACCCACAUACCUUUUUUUUCUGGGCAUAAUACAAUAUUGAAGACCAAUUGUAGAAUAGUAUCUAACUGGAAUUGCACAUCUGGAAAGGAAAGGAAUGAGAGCAUCAUGUUUCACUUAGCAAAGGGAUUCAAAAUGUCUACAAGAAAAAUAACAAAGAAUCAAAUGAACAUUCAGGUGGAGACCAGGCAGUUGCUAGAGGCAAGAUAAUCUGAGAGGGGAAUAUCAACAACUCCCAUAUUUAUAGAUUAUGACAAGUGGAUUAUCUAGAAGUUCCAGUGCUUUGUCGUUUCCCCCACUUCAGCAUUGAUUAAUGCUUGGCAGGGCAAUUAUUAAAAUCUGUGUGUCCCUCUCCUAAAUGAAGACGUUUACAGAAAGGAGCUUGGAGCCUUGAGGAAUCUGCUUUUCUGCUGGCGCUGUUGGGAUUCCAAAUCUCUCUGGUUUACGGAUAACAUUUUUCCUAUUGUGGUGAGAUUUCUUUUAAAUGUCACGGGCCAGUUCAUUUCUGGGUGACACCUCCUAAACUGGAGGUGCUCCAGAUUUCAGAUCACAUCUGCUAUUGACAUUUGGCAGAAAAGGGCGGUAUUUUUGCAACGCUGCCAGAACUGUGUGUCUGAGUCUGGGACUGAAUCACUGGGGACUCAUUCGUGAGGAGCAGGUUGAGAUUCGAGGUUAGUUUGUUUCACUUACUUGCUCAUCCCCCUUCUUGAUGGCAAUUUAUUACUUCACACUGAGCCUCCUGUACCUGAGUGUCGUAAUAACUCUCAGCAAGGUAAUUGAAAGCUCUUAUUCUUUCAGGCAGCUGCUAUGAAUAUAGGCUAAUCCAUAAGCUCUCAACUCCUUUUCAAAUCUCUAGUGUAUGAAAUACCGAAAAGGCUAUUUUUCCAUGUCAGUUUUUUUUGGCCAGUAAAGAAGCCUGCGUUUCUGAAGUUGGUGUUAAUUGGCCUGCACCAGCUUUGAGACACUUCAGCAACUGAACAGAAGCAGCAUCCACAGGUAUCAAACAUGGCUGCCCAUUCUGUGCUCAUCUGCCUCGCCUUCAGCCUUCUGCUGGGCUUCACUUCACUGGGCCAGAACUCUAGGGAGGCUGGGGCCGAUGCCCAGGCCACCAACCAGACGGCAGCCACCUCUAAUUCUCUGGAGGCUACGCUGGCCACUCCGGUAGCGGAGGACCAGACCAUCCCGAUGAUAGGCAGCCGCUGCCGGGGCUACUACGACGUCAUGGGCCAAUGGGACCCACCGUUCAACUGCAAUGCUGGCGUCUACCUGUUCUGUUGCGGCUCCUGCUUUUACCGCUUCUGCUGCCAGUUCAAGGUGCACAGCCUGGAGCAGGAGUCCUGCUCCAACUACGACACGCCCGUCUGGGCCAACACCGGCAAGCCGGCAGCCCCCGUCACUGAGGUGCAGGAGGAGCCCGACCGAGACCGCACCCACAUGAUCGUCUACAUCAUCUGUGGCGUGGUGGCCAUUAUGGUGCUGGUGGGCAUCUUCACCAAGUUGGGCCUGGAGAAGAGCAGAGGUGGCCAGACAGACAUGACCAACUCUAGGGCCUUGACAGAGUUGUUGAAGCAGCCCGGAGAGGUGGGCGGAGUGGGCGGGGCCGGGGGUCACCACCCCAUAGGGACCAAUGGGAUCUCUGGCAGGUCACUGCGCAGCAACAACGAUCACAACCACCUGAAUAACGCUGCCCUCUCACCCCUGGGUCCAGCGAUGGCGCUCUCCCACCCUCACAACAACCUUGGUCUGGGCUUUAACAAAUGUGCCUCCCUCAAGGCUGUGGGGGUUUGGCCACUGGAUAACAGAGCUCUUACUGUAUCUGAACAAAGGAGGACAUUGUUGAGGUCUCUGGGGGUACCAGCAGAUACGGCAGCAAGAGACUACUACAAGGGCUACCCCAUGGUGGACUACUCCCGCCAUCACUCCUCGCCCCCCACCUUCCAGCCCAUCGCCUUUCACAAGGACAAGCCCUUCCUGCCCCCUCCAGACAUCCACGCCCCACUGGCCAUAACCAUCACUGCCGCCCAGCUCCCCAAGCCCAAGGUCUCCAAGACUAACACCCACCCGCUUACCUCCAGCUCAGCCUUCAAAGUCUGGGACCCUAGUAAGGGCCAUGUCCAGCAUCCAACGGCCUCCCACAUCGGGCAGACACAGCUGCAGCAUCCGCAGCAUUCGCAGCAUCCUCAGCAUCAGCAGCAUCAGCAGCAUCCGCAACAUCAACAACAUCAACAACAUCAACAGCAGUUACAUCAACAGCAGUUACAUCAACAGCCCAACAGCCGCCGGCAGGCCUACUCCAACAAGCGGCAGUUCAGCAUUGAGACACUCCCGGAACUCUUCUCCCAGCCUCUGGGCUAUGGACAGUCGCCCCACAUGCACCCCAAAAACAAAGGGCUGCCCACCAACAGCAAGACAGAGGUCACAGUCUGAGCAUGAACGUUUGGAGAGUAGGAAAGCAAGAAAAGAGUCUAUAGGACUGGGAGUAAGGCCUGGGAGCGAGAGCUUUUUGUACGAAUCAAUGUCGUGUUGAUGGCUGUGGGGAAUGGACAGGGACAGGCAAUCUUCUAUUGCAGGUUUUCUUUGUUGUUGAUAAUGUAACACCCAAAAGGGAAGGUAAUGAUCACAUGAAGUGACUCGCUCUCUCUAAACCUGGUUCUUUUAAAUUCCCUCUCUGUCCCAGCGUCCUCCCUGUUUUGUUUUGGUCAAUCUCCUCUUUGCUCCCCCUGGCACCACUACUCUACAAAUCCCCCCCCUCCACACACACACACACACUUACACACUCUCCUACUGUUUGCAGCCUGUCAGAGUGGUACACAUGGGUAAAGCACCCCCAGGACCCUGAACAACAGCAGUGACAAUGCCAUUGUCUUGUCAGCUCCCAUCACUCUCCAUCCAGAACAGAGUGAGAUACCAUUCUGGAAAAUCUGUACCAGUGAGAGAGAGAGAGAGAGAGGGAGAGGGAGAGAGAGAAACAGCGGGAAAGGAGGUGCUUGUUUAUUCAUCCUGAAGCGUAAGGGAUGAGGAACCAAGCCGGACAGAGGUUUGGUGCGGCAAGCACCUCCUGUUCGUCACCUGCUGGAGAAGAGCCCUGAAGCUUCAGGCCCCCUGGUCGUCAGAACUGGGGAAUCUCACACAGUGGUUGUGUCUGGAGACUCCCUGGGGAUCGUCAGUGUCCACGUCUCUCAGCGUUGUGUUGUUUGCUGUUGUCUUAAUCGGUGACGCAUGCAUCGGAAAGGGCAAACAGCACAGGUAUCAGCGAGGUCACCACAUUCGUGUUGAAUGGAACCGUCUGUGUUAGUGAAGCUUCAGCAGAGGCCCGAUGCAAAUCGCAAGGGACAAUAGGCGCCUGCAAGACGGCAGGACAGGUCACCGUGUCUGUCCUGGGUAAUAUGGUGCCAAAGGCAAUACAACACUGGGAAGUUGUAGUUGUGAGGUAAAGGUCAUUGCUUUUUUAUUUUAUCUUAGCUUUGGCUUGCUGUUGAAGAAUUUACCCAAACAUGAAUGCACGAAGGUCAGGAAGGAAGGAAAAUCAUACAGAGUAUUUUAUUAAAGUAUGUCUUCCAGACUGGCAGCAAUUCAUGUGAUGCAUGCAUAUAUUAUUGUAAUAUUAAAAUAGGCUUUAAUAUGAUCAUUUUGUUGAAUGCAGUUGUAUGGUUCAUCUAUAUGUAUAAUGAGUCACUGUAAAUGCAGCUGGGUUGAAGCUAGUGGCUAAACAUAGACAUUACAGUAAGUCAUUCCCAACCACAGGGAUUAUUUCCAAUAGUCAAGCUACAGGAGAGCAAGAAACUCCUCUUGGCUCGUUAUCAUUUUACACUUGACCGCAAGGUACAAUAUUUGCAUGGAAAUCUGAUACGUCUAAGUUCACACAAGCGCCGUCCUUCACCGUACGUUUCAGUGGACUCUCCUGCAAUUUAGCCCAAGCCUCAAGCUUAAUUUAUUAUCAUAAGUAAACAAGUUACGCCGCAGUGCAUACCUACGCCCAGGGUAUUCCAGACAGGUGGAACCGUAUCAACGGAUGGCAGCCAGUCAGUCGUGUUUACUAGAGUCAUUCACCAUUUGCUGCUACUGUUGCUCCUCCCCACCAACCAGCUUCCAGCCUGUCCCUGAGCUCCACCAGACCCCCUUUCCUCUGCUCUUCCUUUCCCCAGUGGGCUUGACUUAUGGUGGGAGCCUCCAGCAUCCAACCCCUGCAUGGUCUUCCAAGCUGUUCCCAGCCAGGGGACACCAUGCCUCCUCAUGGGGGGUGCAGCCAUAACUAAUGAUACCCAAUCGCCAGCAUGGCAGGCCCUCACACACUCUCACACACUAGGCAUGCAUGGAGUGGAGCAGGGCUUUCACAGUGUUAAAUGAUUUGGAGAUUCAUUCGGCUGCUAUUGUUGAGCCAUUCUGUGUUAUGGACAGACACCAAGUGGUUUCACUGUAGCCUAUGCAGCAUCAUGAUAUGGAAUAUAGGACAUUUGAAUUGAUUUAAACUACGUGCAGCCGAUGGAGUCAUUCGUGUUGGAAUUGGAGACAAUUAUGGGUUAAUGCUUAUGUUACAUUUCAUUGGGGAUUUGAAUUAUCUGUCCACGGUUCAUACUUCAGGAUUUCUAAAGCUGUUAUGUAAUCUACAUAAGACCCACUUGGAGUUGUUGUUUUUAUGAUAUGGUUGAAUAAAAGUACAUCAGAAAUAGAGAAGUGUUGGGAAAUGCACAGUACAUGUAUAAAUAUGCAUCAUGCACAUCUGCACUCAUAGCUGCCGUAUGCAGCAUGCACGGUACCCAUUUAGCUUUCUCUAACUUCAAUUCAUAAAAGUGAGGCUGGGUUUUAGACACAAUGAUUCUUAGCUUAACAGCCCAGCCAUAUAAAGUAUUCUAUGGAGUCUCUCCUUUAUCGUUCAGGAUGCAUUACUGGUUGUGAACAAGCAAUGGAUGUGUGCAAGUAACAAGCAAUAUGUUCUGUCUGCAAAGCAAUAAGUACCCAUCUAUCUGCAAACCCUCUCUCUGGAGUCUGACUUUGGACCAUUCCGGAGUCCUUUAAAUGUGGGGAGCUGAGGUGGAAGCAGAGCUACAUAGACCAAGAUUUUUCAGGCUCUUCUGAAAGUUAUUUUGGACUAUUUUCUCAGAAACCAGACCACAGAGCUUUUCACAGAGCUUAUUUUAAUUUUCUCUUCUCUCUCCUCGUGCGCUUCUCUGGCAGAGGAAGUUGUAUCAGCGAAUCAGAACUCUGAGAACCCUUUCCACUCAGAAAAAAAGCUUGAUUAGCUCUCCAUGACCUUUUACUAUUGGACGGAUUCAAAUGUUAUUUUACAGACACAAUUCCAGCAAGGCCAUACUAAGAAAACACAAACCUACAAGCAGUUAUCAGGGCUGGCCUGCAAGAGUGGACACCUCUGAAACCUCAGCUGAGCUCUACAGGCUGCAGGCACUAGGAUAGUUUUGCUAAUGCUAGCUGAACGAUGCUGACGUUGUGACACAUGGAUCCUUCAGGCUCCAGGGAGUCUCCAUGAGGAGGGUGAGUCUCUGUGAGGCCUCAAGGACAAACACAGCCUGGGGCCAAGCUGACAGCUAGCGAGGCACCAGGAUGUUGCCAGGCUAGCGCCUUGGCUUGCCUCCUAUAGUAGAACGAAGCACUGUAAUUGGCUGAGAUUCCACCUUAAUGUCCCUCUUCUUCCCAUCCUAGUGCUGAGCGAAUGUUGACCCGCAGGUAUAUCUGACUCACGGGAGACAAACACUGCUGACUGUUCUAAACAGUGACACCCUACUUGAGUAUAAUUUACCCGGUGAAGGGCCUUUUUGGCCCACAGGUAUGCCAGAGUCUUUUUGCCGCAGGCCUCUGUACAGUGAAUCCUACACCAAUACUGUCACAGUAAGCCCGAUGGUUUUGGAUUGCCUCAGUCUGUGUUGGACAGUCAAAAGUGAAUUAAAGCUGUCGAAGGCUUACUGGCCCAAAGUUUUGCCUCAGUUUCUCAACACUGGACGAGGAGCAGGACAGAGCAGCCAUGUAUAUUUCACAGUCGUCCAUUCUGUGGUUGUAGGUGCUGGACCAAAAUAAUUCUUAUCAGGAGAAAUUGAGUACACGUAACUGAUAGCACACAGUGGGAAUGUCAGACUGUGGACCAUCAGCUUAGUGUGCAUACUCAAUCUCUAUGAUUACACUGUAUAUACGGCACCCUAAAAGAGCUGAAUGACUGUUCUUUGUAAAACUUCCUUAAACGCAACUAUUCUACAACAGGUUAUCUGAAUGCAACCUGGUAGACAUACUUGGGUUUCAUCCGUAGCAAUAUAUUGUGUAUGAUUUUUUUGUACGGUAUUUGGAUUGGAAGUUCUUUCAAAAAAAGCAGCGUUUGACUGACGAGAGAUGAAGUGCUUUCAGAUUCAAAACUGGCCACGCACAGAAAACGUCCUGUGUUUGAAGCUUGUGCUUUUUCGGAUACUAUGUAUGGUACAUACACUCAUGUAUUCAUGUCAAAAAAUGCAUUGUAUUCAAGUGCUUUUGGCAACACAUUAGUUAACAAUGACGAUUGAAGAUUUGUGAUUCCUGUGCAACUUAUAUCUGCAAAUCAUGUGUUGUUCCAUACUUUUGGUAGUCGACUACCUUUGAUUGUUACGUACUUGUGUAUAUAUAUUGUACCACUUGUCUUCUGUAAAAAUGGUUAAAUACUUGUUUUAUAUAAGGGCUUUUUAUAGACUUAAACAAGAAAAACAUCUUUCUCUCGUUUUGCGUUGAGUGGAGAGCUACCAGUGUUUGGGUACCCAGAUUGCGGUGUCCAAAUGAAUUUGUUCUGACAUCUCCGAUUUGGCUGAAUCUGUUUCUUUGGGUUGUUAGCUGGCAGAAGCGUUUCAAACCCCUGGUGUAUGUGAAGUUAUCUGACAACAUGCGAGGCUAAGGAGGGGAGGCCUACUCCUCAUUCUAUCAGCUAAAAGUCCCCCCUUCCCCCUACUCCACUCUGUAAAGCAGGGCAAAUACUGGUACUCUUUUUAAUCUUAACCUUACGAGGGGGCCCAGUAUCAGCAAGAUUUCUUUACCAUUAAGCCGCCAUACCCACCUCUUCCCCAGCACCAUGAAACAGUAUCCGUGGGUGCGUAAACUCUAAGACAACAAGGAAGAAACCAUAGGGAGGAUUUUAAAUGACGUCCUUAACCAAGCAUCUAUCAAUUACCUUUGCAAUGCCUGUAGACUUGGUCAAUAAACUAGCCCAAUUAUAAAUGUAAAAUUUGAUUGUUUUAAAUGAAAUUGUCAUCUAAUUUGAUUUAUAUUGAAGGUUGUCCAAAAUUGGUUUGGACACCUCUUAAUAUGCCCAGGCUGUCUAGAUAGAAUGGAGAUACAAGGUAAUUAAGGUGCUGGAACAUUGCAUGUUUUGACCAGAAAUUAUAUUAAUUUAGCUGACGGGCCUGUACUAAUUAUACUGCCCUGACAUCUAAAAAUAAUCCUUGUUGUUGCAGGUGUUCUUAUGUUCUCUGUUUACAUGUGGUUUUGAUUAUGCAGUUCUUUAUUCAUAGUUAAAGGCCACGAGAAAUGGAGCUAAAAAUGUAUAUUUAAUGUCUAGAAAAAUGUGUAGGCCUACAUGAUGUGAAUACAUGUGUACACACAAACACACACUGACACAGUAAAUACAAUUCCAGAAGAACAGGCAAGACAAAUGAAAAGCAUAUUUUAUGUUAAUUUGGAGGCUAUCAUUCACAUUGUAUAAGGAAGACAGGCACUGUCAACAGAAGAAAAAAAAUUGAAGUCCAACCCUUUGGUCUGCUGGGCAUGUUCUCCAUGAGUUCAGCAUUUAUCUGGGCAUCCCUUUCUCCUAGUGCCCUGCAUUUGUUUUGUUCUGCCACCCCAUCCCAAACGGAGACCCAGGCCAGCUGUCACUGAUGUUUCACUUCAUUUAUAUGUCUCCAGGGUCUGGACUGACUCCAUCAGAGACAGCAAAGAGCCAAACGCCACAAACCACAUCCCUCUCUUGCUCUCUCUCACAUCCUCCCACUCCAGUAGUGGACAACCUGAGGCAAUGUCCUGAAUUAGGAAUGUUAAAUGUUCAGGUUAAAAGACUCUGAAAUACAUAGCAGCACACUCCUUUUAUAGAGCGUUAAUAUAACUACACUAAAGGUUUACAGGCAUUUGGGCAGCAGAUCAGUUGAUAGGAGUGUUCCAAUGAGCUCCUUCCACAAAGACAGAGGACAUUGAUAUGAGGGGAAUUAAAAACCCCUCCAACCCAACCUUAACACUUCAGUCCUAUGCAGAUUCAAUCGGUCUCAUAAAGACACCCUCAUAGCCUCAAUAGGGUCCUUUCAUUCCCUAGCUGUUUAUUUACAUUUUAAAAGAGGUUAUCAUUGAGGAUGAUGAUGACAACAAUGAUGAAGAUUGUUUCCAUUUUUACAGCACUAAUUACAAUAAUUUUUGAGGAAGAGUCAAGGUCAAAGUUAUUGUCUGGCUUUUUAACCAUCUCUUUUCAGAGGAAACCUUACUAAGUGUUCUUUGUAUGAACUUGAUAAAAAAUUAAAAUGGUCAGAGAA